AUGAAGCAGGCGGAAGAACAGGUAAGCUUUGCCCAGUCUACUGCGAUCAAGCUACGUGGCAAGCAGCUGGGCCGUGACGUGGUGAACAACGUACACAAGGACCAGACGGACAUAUGCAAGUACUACAAGUGCGGUAUGGUAGGUUACUUAGCGGAGGCGUACCCUAGCAAGAAAAAGGAGUGGGACGAAGGCGUGGGCGCUGACGUCGUGCUCACGAUCGACGACCCGACCAUCCAGACGAAGGACUGGAUCUUGGACAGCGGAUCCAGUCGUCAUCUGGAUGGUCGAGGUGCGACUGCUGGACUUGCAGUACGCGGAGAGCCUGGAGGGGAACAUCAUAUCGCACCGGUUGUUAGACGCGAGAGGGUACAAAAGGAAAGCACUGCGCCGUGGCUCAUCAACGGUGGACCGGUGGUGCUCGACGUCAAGAAGACGUGCAACGUACUCCUCGUACUGGGGCCCAGUGGAGUGAGAAAGGCGGGUGACGUGUUGUUGUCGGUGUUAGCGGAGAAUGAGGCAGAGGUCGGACAGGACGUGCAGACUGGGACGCUUAUCCACUCUCACCGUCUCUUAUGCGAUCUAGACUACGACACGAUCAUCAAUAUGGCAAAGGAUCCGGCGUCGGGGAUCGCAUUAACGGACGAGUUGAGGGCGAACUGCUUGGCCUGUGCACAAGGCAAACAGACCCAUAACAAGCAGUCAUGA